UGUUGCAGUCUGUGUGAAAAUGAUCAGGAGCUUUUGAUCAGAGCUGUUUGGGUUUAGUUUUUCCAUCCAAAAUGUGUCAAAAAAACUGUCCAACUGCUGUCCCUGGAGAUCCGACAUAUUUUAUGAGAAUCAACUAAAUAACCAAUGAACACAACUGUACAGGAUUUGUUGGUUAAACACAAGCCUCCACCUACUGAUUGAGAAGUCGAGGCAAACGCAAAAGCAUUAAAUGUUGCAAUUCCUCCAAUGAUCACUGAUGGUUGGUUUCAAAGUGGAGCAACUUUCCAUUGAUUGCCCUGUUAGAAACCAAAUAAACUUUUUUUUCGUCUUUUCAUUCAUUUAAAGCUCAAAUUUGUGAAUUAUUGGGAAGUUGAUCGGCAGGUGGGUGGUUUCAUGGAAUGACUCAACAAAACUCACUUUUUUCGCCCAUUUGUUCGUUUUUAGAGCACAAUUGACUGAAAAUGGGAUGUUUCAAGCUGUAGGAUUUAAAAUGAUUAACCUCCUAUUCGUUUACAAAGGCCUAUUUAAAUGUGCAUGUGACACCGCUUUUGGCAAUAUUUGAAUUCUGUUUUAAAAUAGGAGUUUCCAACAGAAAUGUAUGCUUUAAAAAGAAUACCUUUUUUCCUCAUCAGGAUUUUCCAUGGUAAAAUGUAAAAAGUCAUUUUGAAAAGGAGAAAAGGUUUGUGAAAAACAAACUCCACUAGUGCUUUGAGGGGGAAAAAAAACCCUCAAAGCUGGAGCUGUCACUUCGCUCUUCCUUUCUUUUUCAAUAAGAAUUGUGCAGAUGUGUGGAAGUGAAAAAAAACAAAACAAUGGUGGCCCUGAGCUUGAGGUUAGUCUGUUGAGUGUGGCAUGUCCUGUUUAGGUCGCACUCUUCACAAUACACCGAAACACACGCAGCCUGCAGGUCUGCUUCCUGACAGCCCCGCUCGAUAAAAGGUCACGGGGGGCUCAGGCGGGACCAGAUAAAUCAGGCAGAAAUGCAGCGUGGGCAUUCAGGAAGAGGCGCGUGAGGCACCUGGAGCACCGGCAGGGACCUCGGCGUCCCGAGGAGGAGCAGGUGUAAGAGGAGGACAAACGUAUCGUCCAUUCAUGCAAGAGGACAGAGAGAGAAAAAACACGGGUGACAUGACGCUCGACCAAGGGGUGGCAUGUGGUUUCUCAGCCAAGCUCGGGUCCUCUACCAGAAGGCCUGGGAGCUUGAGGGUCCUGCACAGUGUCUUAGCUGUUCCUAGCACUGCGCUUUUCUGGACUGAAAGGUCUGAGGUCUUUCACAUUUACUAUUGCAAACCCCAGACUUUGAUAAACCAUUCAUUCUGCAGACAGAAGCAUCAGGGGUGGGCCUUGGAGUGGUGCUUCACCAGGAGGUGGAUGAGGAGAGACGACCAGUGGUGUUCCUAUGCCAAAAGCUGUUGGACCGGAAGACGAGGAGCCACAGGAUCAUCAGUCUUCGCCAGUCCGUUGCCCCUGAUGGAAUCCAGUACCACGAGUGGUCGCUCGAAUCAGUUCCCAGCCGUUCUCAUCAGUCUGUCCUCUCCUGCGGUCCCACCACGAGCCUCUGCCUCAUCAAGUGUCUCCACCUUCGUCAACAUCGGCCUACGGAGAAAUCCACCAGUGACGCCGCUAACUUCUGUCUUUCAGUUCGGAACCGACAUCUGGACCUGCUCACGUUCUGCUCUCUGCUCCUCGUAUUAAAACUCUUACCCGCCAA